AUGUGGAACAUAGGAGAGAAAUGUGGAUUGUAUGCUAACAUCAAAAAGUGCUACAGAGAGCUGAAAGAUGGCCCAGUCAGAGUUAUCAAGCUGAAGAUUAAAAAGUUUUUGCUGCGAUCGAGGCGCUCAACUGAUAAUCUUUCUGAGUCUGAUGCUCAAAGUCGAUUCGCAGACGGAGUUGGCUCAGCCAUUGUGAGUGCCUUGAAGUGGAACUCAGAUGUAAUGGACUGGCUCGCCUAUACUGGGAGAGUUGAAGAUACAGAAAACAUGGAAAUUGUCGUCUUAUUAGCUGAUAAGAAAGCCCUGGGUAUCGCCAUUACAUCCACUCCAUCCGUCAAUUUCAACCAGACCAUCCAAGAGUUUGCUUCAGCUGUAAAACAGGGAGCGCUUCCUUUGAAAGUAGAUGGACACAAUGUUUGGGUGAAGAGCUUAGCCUCGUGUUCUGAUAAAGCCUGCACCAGCACCCAGACACUGGCAGUGUCAGACAAGCCUCCAAACUGGAAUGGUGCUGCUGAGAUCUCAGGUGGUAAAGUUGUCCUGUGUGGAACCAUUGCUGUGUUGGUCAUGAUGAUGGACAAAUUGCUUUACUAA